UGGAGAAAACAGAGACGAGUGUUUCACUGUAACAAUCCAGUGGGAGUUGAUGCUCCUUUCGCCAUCUCUUGUUUGCUUUGACGUUCACACAUACACAUGUGGCUGCUGUAGACAGCAGCUUCAGACUCUUGGUGUACUGGAUGGAGGCACAGGGAGGGGCAGGUAGCCCAGAUGAGACUAAAAAAGGCCAGAAGCUGCUGAAGCCCUCAACAUCAGGAGAACUGUCGAAAGAGCCUUCCCAUCAUUCCCGGGGUGAGGAGGAGAGAGUCGUUCCCGGACACACCCCAAGCCUGCUGCAUGUCAUUGACAGACGGCGUGAGUUCCGGGAGCCUCUGAGCAGCGUUUCCUCUCUCGAGGUUCACUUCGACUUGCUUGACCUGACAGAACUCACGGACAUGUCCGACCAGGAGCUGGCUGAGGUCUUCGUCGAUUCUGAUGAAGAAAACCCCGAGUCACCUGCGAGUUAUCACCCACACCCAGGCAGAGGAAGCUACCUGCGCUCUCCCUCUUGGACGCGCUGCAGUAAGCCAGAGCAGUCGCACGACCGGAAGCACCACAGCGAUUCAGACAGCACCGACUCCUAUCACAAACUGGAACGGCCCAAAAAACCUUGAGAGAAACACAGCCGGGACGCACACAGCUGGAUCACGUUAACACACAGCCCCGUGGUGCUAAAGACAAUAAAAUGCUCUCGUCCUGCAGGAAGUAUGGCAGCAAUACAGAGCAACACAAACAGCCCUGGCAUGUCUACAUCCGAUUUUUCUGAAGGGCUUUAAUUGGUCUGGGUUCAUUGAAAAAGUUUAUUCCUGGAGCUCAGCUUUGAGUAAAACGGGGAGAACCAGGACAGGAGUUAGUGAGACAUCAUAACAUCUUGUGUUUGAGUGACGUAUAGUUUGUCGCUUUUGAAAAAGUAACAGGAUGAAGUGAGUGUAAAUAAUAAUGCUCCUUAAGCAAGGCAGAAAGGAAGCUACCAGAAAAGCCUGUAUAUUAAGGAUCGUAGGACACACACACACACACACACACACACACAAAUUCCCACAAAGUCUCAGAUGCCAAGAAACCUUUUUAAACACUGUGUAUAAUAGACAUUUCUUAACCUUUAAAAAUAGAACAAAUGGUUAAUCAACUCUCCAGUUUGAAAUCAGAUGUUGGACUGAAAAUGUGAUUUAGGUUUAAUCUGAUUAUUACUUUAGACAUAAAGGUGUGCUUAGGGAUUUUGGCAAUAUAACAUAUAAAAAUGAAUGUUUUUGUCCAGAGAGACUUUCUCCUUUGAGUCGAUAUUUUAUUACAGCUCAUGAAAUGAAAGCAGAAUUUCACCGAAAUAUUACAAAGUUUACAAAUUUUACAAAAGAAUUGUGUUGCUUAAAAAUCACUGAUCUCACCUUUAAAGGAUCUACAUCAUGGAAAUCGACUUUAUCCUCAUUUUUAAGAAGUUGCUUAAAGUCUGCAAUUGUUAGAGGGUGACAUUUUUAUUUGCAUUGUAUUAAUAAUUAUUUUACACAUUCAGUUCUGCUCAUCCUGAAGAGUACUGAAUAAUUAUAGAGUUGACUGUAUGUAGGUCAGAUAUUUAAUGGUUACCUUUAGACAUUGUUACUCAUGACAUCAACAAGAGAUACAGUAUUGAAUGUAUGUGUAGCAGUAACAUACAUGUAGUAGUCAGCUUUAAGACUUCAAGCUUUAAUUAAGAAAAGAUCUUUCCAUAUUUUUGUCAUAUUGUUUUAAUGCACUGCGUUUCUCAUAUCACAUCACUGAUGCUACAAGUGUUUUUGAAAAGUAUAAACCAGGUGUUGCACAACCAGCACUAAUUUACAAUUUACAAGUCUUAACAUCUGUAUAAAUAGUCCAGUUGUCCUGAAACUCAAUAACAAGACAAUUUUCUGUCACAAACCAUUCACACAUUAAAAAGAAAAAUACAAGGAA